AUGACUCAAGACAUUCCGCCCGCGACAGACCCUACUGUCUACGAUGCCUACAAGCAAAAGUGGGCUUCUCUUCCAGACUCCGCGGAAGCAUGGAUUACCAGAGCUCGAGAAGUGGGCGAGGUUCUUGCUCAGGAUGCAGCCCAGAGAGAUCAGGAUAACAAGUCGCCUAACGCAGAGGUUGCCCUGCUGAAGCAUUCAGGGCUACUGAAACUUUUGGGCCUGAAGAAGUAUGGUGGCGGCGAGCAGCCCUGGGCAGUAGGAUUCAAGGCAAUCCGAGAAGUGGCCAAGUUCGAUGGGUCGAUUGGGAUGCUGCUCGGUUAUCACCUGUUGUGGUCAACGAUAGGCAACGUCGUGGGCACGGCAGAGCGACUGGAUGAGUUGAUCAUCUCCAACAAUUACUUUGUCGGCGGCGCAGUCAACCCCCGGGAUAAUGACUUGAAGAUUACUGCCGAUGGUGAUUCAAUCAUCUUCACUGGCUUCAAGCACUUCAACACUGGGGGCGCUGUCUCCGAUCUCACGGUCCUAGAAGGCGUGCUGGACGGAACACAAGAUCAUAUCUUUGCCGUUGUGAGAACGAAACAACCGGGCAUACAAUUUGCCUACAACUGGAAGAACAUUGGCCUGCGCUUGACGGAAUCAGGAAGUGUUAAGAUUGAGAAUGUGCGGACAUCGUGGACUGAUGCGCUUGGUUGGGACGCAACAACCAAGAGGCCCAUCGCUGAGGUUCUGACGAUUCCAUUCGGCUCUUUACUUUUGCCAACAAUCCAACUUGUCUUCAGCAACUUCUACCUUGGCAUCGCCGUCGGCGCAUUGGAGUUCGCAGCCAAGUAUACCACAACCUCGACCAGAGCAUGGCCAUUUGGUGGCGACAACAAAGAGUCCGCCACCGAUGAGUUUUACAUUCUCGAGCGAUAUGGAAACUUCUUCGCGCAUUUACGCGCCGCCGAAGCACUGGCUGACCGAGCCGACGAUCAGCUCUCGGCCCUAUAUGCGCGCCAUUCGAGCAAUCGCGCUGAGUUGACGGCGGAGGAGCGUGGAGAGGUUGCCGAAUGGGUGGCCAGUGUCAAGGUCGUGACUACCGAUGUUGGCCUCAAGGUCACGUCCGGCGUCUUCGAGGUGACCGGAGCGCGAGCAACGUCGCUAAAGGUAGGACUGGAUCGGUUCUGGAGGGAUAUCCGGACACACACGCUCCAUGAUCCUGUGGCGUAUAAGAACCGGGAGCUGGGUAGAUAUGUGCUGCUGCAUGAAGUACCAGAGCCUACCUGGUACACUUAG